AUGCCGCCGCCGAUGCCAAGGAGCGAUGCGAGGAAUCGUUUGGUUUUGGUGUCAGGUUGGGUCAUAGUGCGGUGGACGUUGAGGAAUUGGUCUCGGGUAUGUGUAAGCUUUGCGGUGAGGAUGGUUGGCUGCUUGGAGAAGAACGGGAGGUUGAUGUUUUCGAUCAUUUGGAGGAGCUGGUUGGUUUGGGUAAGUUGUUGUGA